UUUAUAAGACUUCAAGUCUUUGAAUACUGCCUCAAAAUUCAAAACUGAGGUGUAAGUUUGUGUAAGGUACAUCACUUUCCCUUUUUUUAUAAAUUUAAAUAUUGACUAUUUGCUUGAAUGUUAAAUUAAAUGUCUGGAUUUUUCUUUGUAGUGGCUGUAUAUUUUAUGCAAAUAUCUUGUCGUGGAGUGAAAGUUUUUAUGGAUUGAGUUGGCUCCUGGCUACUAAUUCUAAGUGUAGUUGAAGUGGGGUCUUGAUUUUCUGUUGAGGUGUCAUUAUCAGCAUUGACAUCGUUUUCCAUAUUGCAUUAUUCAUCAAUCUUUAAUCCAAUUUAUGGCCUUACUUUCUGCAGCUUUCUCUCGUGCAAAGAUAUGAUACUAAACAAAUGACAUCUGUGUUUUUCAUCUAAAAUUUGACCUUUCUACCAAGAAAAUGAUUUUUGAUGAAAUCUGAAAGGUUGAGGGAAUUUUCGGUGGGUUGAAAAUGUAAAGUCUCCAUCUGGUUUUGUUAUCAUAGAUCCAAAUGACUGCAUAAAUAUUUUUGAUACACCUUUUUGACUUGUUGCAUAAUGAGUCUCUUUCUUUCAGACCAAGCCAUGUUGCCAGGGAGGAUCCUCCCUGACAUAUACUCACAAUGGAGGGGGGUGGGUGCACUUUUUUUGACAUUUUUUAUUCAAGCGGAUCCCACGCAGGUCCCACCACAUACGACUGGAAGACGAAACGACUCAGAAAAUGAAGGAAUCCAUUAUCAUCAUUAUUCUUGUGACUUUGCUAUCACCAGACGCAUCAUUGGGGGAGCCAAGAACUCAGAUUGUUCAGAUGAUGUGCGGGAACCAACUUGAGCACAACACCUCCAUUUUUGUCCUGAACUUUGUUGACGUAAUGGAGAACAUAAGUGCGCAGAUGCGAACUUCGGGUUUUGGCAGGGCAGUAGUGGGUUCAGGACCUGACACUAAUUAUGGACUAGCACAAUGCUAUGAUGAUCUUUCUUUAUCUGACUGUGUAUUAUGCUAUGCUGAAAUGCGCACCAUUCUUCCUCAGUGCUUUCCUAACAAUGGUGGAAGGAUUUUCCUUGAUGGCUGCUUCAUGCGAGUUCAGAAUUACAGUUUCGAUCAAGAGUAUACUGGACCAAUUGACACAGAAGUUUGUGGUAAUAGAACCCGAAAGAGUUCUGCAUUUCAGAAUUCAGCAAGGCAGGCUGUGGUACAAGCAGUUUCAGCUGCACCCAACAACAACGGCUUUGCACGGGCUCAAGUGCCUGUGUCCGGAACAAAUGAAUCAGCUUAUGUUCUUGCUAACUGCUGGAGGACUCUUAGUGCUAGUUCUUGCAGAGCUUGUUUGCAGAAUGCAUCUGCAUCUAUAUUGGGAUGCUUGCCAUGGUCUGAGGGUCGGGUUUUGAAUACAGGGUGCUUCGUUAGGUACUCUGACACCAACUUUCUUAAUCCUAUACCAAGAAAUGGAAGUUCAAAAGGGAAAGUAAUAGGUAUUGUAGUCGCAGUCUCUAGUGCAGUACUUGUAUUGAUUGUUGGAGCUACCAUUGGAUUUUACAUUUGGAAUCACAAAACAAUAGAGAAGAAGAGGAAAGGUUCCAGCGAUGCAGAAAAACUGGUGAAGACCCUGCAUGACAGCAGCUUGAACUUCAAAUAUUCCACGCUUGAGAAAGCAACUGGUUCUUUUGAUGAAGCCAACAAGCUUGGGCAAGGUGGAUUUGGUACAGUGUAUAAGGGAGUUCUGCAAGAUGGAAGAGAGAUUGCUGUCAAGAGGCUUUUCUAUAACAACAAACAUAGAGCAGGAGAUUUUUACAAUGAAGUCAAUAUUAUCAGCAGUGUCGAGCACAAAAAUCUGGUCAGGUUGUUGGGAUGCAGUUGUUCGGGACCUGAAAGUCUUCUUAUAUACGAAUUUUUACCAAACAAGAGUCUUGAUCUCUUUAUUUUUGAUCCAAACAAAGGAAAAGCACUAAAUUGGGAGAAGAGAUACGAGAUAAUUAUAGGGAUAGCAGAAGGGUUGGUGUGCCUUCACGAAAACACAAAUACCAGAAUCAUUCACAGAGACAUCAAAGCAAGUAAUAUCCUCUUGGAUUCUCGACUCCGAGCUAAAAUUGCUGAUUUUGGGUUGGCGAGGACUUUCCAGGAAGAUAAAAGUCAUAUUAGCACUGCCAUUGCAGGAACUUUAGGAUAUAUGGCUCCAGAAUACUUGGCUCACGGGCAAUUAACAGAAAAAGCAGAUUUGUAUAGCUUUGGUGUACUUGUGCUUGAAAUUGUCACAGGGAGACAGAAUAACAGGAGCAAAGAGGCAGAGUAUUCAGACAGCUUAAUUUCUAUUGCAUGGAAUCAUUUCCAGCAAAGAACAGUGGACGAGCUGUUCGAUCCAAACUUAAUGCUGCAUAAUUAUCAUAACAUCGAUGUGAAGAAUGAGAUUCUAAGGGUUGUUCAUAUUGGACUCCUGUGCACCCAAGAGAUCCCAUCCCUACGACCAUCCAUGUCCAAAGCACUACAGAUGCUGGUAAAGAAAGAAGAGCACCUUCCUGUACCGACUAAUCCCCCUUUCAUGGAUGAAAAGACUAUGGAACUUAAUGACACAUUCGAAAGCCCAAUUUCCCCCAUCAUUUAUGGGAAUCAUGAUUCAGUUGCAAGCAUAUCCCAGAGUAUUUUCUAUCCUAGGUGACUUCAAAAAUAUGAAUUUGAUUGGCAAAUUUUAGCUGGAAAUUUUGGACGCAGGAGUUGAUAUAGAGUUGUAAAGGAAAAGAUGAUGUUGAAUUUUUAUUUAUUUAUUUAUUUCUAAAUUUUGAAUAAUAGUGUAUUAUUUGUGUUAACACUAGUUUGACGUUUUCUUCCAUUACUCGUCUCUCGAGUAACAAAAAUUGAAUUUCUACAGUUUUGCUUAUUGUACAA